GUCUCGUCUGCAACUGCAACUCCACCUCGGCCCUCUCAUCCUCGUCACCACCGGCCACGGCCGGCCUCCACCGCUGCCUGCCCACCGCUCGCUACACUCAUCUCCCCAAAGUGGAAGAAGAAUCGGGCUGUUGCUCACUCGUACCCUCUAAGUGAGGCGGGCCUCACCAACCUUGCUGCUAUGCCUUCCACGACGCUCGCUGCAGUCCACCACCACCGGACAGGAAGCACCACCUAGUUCCUGACCCUGAUGUCCAUGGCACCCGACCAUCCCUUCGAUGCCUUCGUCGCCGCAGCUCGUGGCGCCAUAACCCACCUUCACCUUCCCGUCAUCCACAUCCCUGGAUCCAAUUCCAGUCCUAACCCCGACUCCAAGCAGCACCACGAACCCGAGGUCGACUGCCUGCUCCACCUCCACGUCGUCGUCACCAACUUCUUCCACAAGCCCCUCAGAUCAUUCGCUAGGUGCUUCAGGCCCAAGCGACGGGCAGGCAAACACUCCCCGCCGCUCUACCAGGAGCCCAGCAAUGGCGCGACCCCGCAGCAGCAACUGGAGCUCCUGCUCUGCAUUGCGUUCGAUGCCUUCGCCCACAACCUCCACGCGCUGGAGGACGCCUGCAAGCACAAAGGCGAGGAAUUUGCUGUCGCUACCCGACAGUUGGAGCAAUUUGUGGUUUUCAGGAAGGUAAUCGAUGGGAAGAGGGCCGAUUUCGAUGGGUUCCUUUCAAAUCUGGGCUUUGCAAAGGUUGGGCCACCGCCACCGCCAGCAAGCAUCAUGGGUGGUGCUUCCCCUGUCCCAGCACCAGCACCAGUCAGCAAUCAGGAGGAUGGUGCUGUGAUUGGGAACGGCGAGAGGGUGGACAUUGCUAGUGGUACACAACAGCAGGCACAAAAAUUGCCUGCCCGGUUGCUUAACAUUCCUUUGUCGAAUGUGGAGCGUCUGCGGUCUACGCUUUCUGCAGUUUCACUGACGGAGCUCAUUGAAUUAGUUCCGCAGCUGGUGAGCAGAUCAUCGACAUCGGCAGAUGCACAUCCUGACAAGAAGAAGCUUUUCUCAGUGCAAGACUUCUUCAGAUAUGCGGAAAUUGAAGGAAAGCGAUUCUUUGAAGAGUUAGACAGAGAUGGUGAUGGCCAAGUCACUCUAGAAGAUCUCGAAAUUGCAACGAGGAAGAGGCGGUUGCCAAGGAGGUAUGCUCGAGAAUUGUUCAGGCGUACAAGAAGCAACUUCUUUUCGAAAUCAAUUGGGUGGAAGCAAUUUUUAUCCUUGAUGGAACAGAAGGAAGCAACCAUUCUCCGAGCAUAUACCACGUUGUGUUUGAGCAAGUCUGGAACACUUCACAAGAAUCAAAUUUUGACUUCCUUGAAAGGUGCUGGACUUCCAGCCAAUGAAGAUAAUGCCGCUGCCAUGCUACGGUAUCUAAAUGCUGAUUCAGAAGGAUCAAUCUCAUAUGGCCAUUUCCGCAACUUCAUGCUUCUACUUCCUUCAGAACGCCUUGAGGAUGAUCCUCGGAACAUUUGGUUUGAAGCAGCCACCGUUGUUGCUGUAUCCCCACCUAUAGAAAUAUCUACAGGAAGUGUUUUGAAGUCUGCUUUAGCUGGAGGUCUUGCAAGUGCUCUCUCUACCUCUCUGCUGCAUCCUAUUGAUUCAAUGAAGACACGUGUCCAAGCAUCUACACUCUCAUUUCCCGAGCUCAUUUCAAAGCUUCCACAAAUUGGACUUCGAGGAUUGUAUCGAGGUUCUAUCCCAGCAAUUCUCGGCCAGUUUUCAAGCCAUGGUUUGAGGACAGGAAUCUUUGAAGCAAGCAAGCUUGUAUUAAUUAAUGUCGCUCCAACACUUCCAGAGAUUCAAGUGCAAUCAAUUGCAUCCUUCUGCAGCACAGUCUUAGGGACUGCAGUCCGUAUCCCUUGUGAGGUUCUUAAGCAGCGAUUGCAGGCUGGAAUAUUCGACAAUGUAGGGGAGGCGAUUGUUGGCACCAUGCGACGAGAUGGCCCAAAGGGAUUUUUUCGUGGCACUGGGGCCACACUGUGUCGCGAGGUUCCUUUCUAUGUUGCUGGAAUGUGCCUCUAUGCAGAAGCUAAGAAGGCAGCACAGCAUGUUUUGAGGAGAGACUUGGAAGCAUGGGAAGUAGUGGCAGUUGGAGCAUUGUCUGGAGGACUUGCGGCAAUAGUGACCACUCCCUUUGACGUGAUGAAGACUAGGAUGAUGACUGCCCCUCCAGGCACACCAGUGUCUAUGCAGAUGAUAAUCUUGUCCAUCCUUGGAAACGAGGGUCCACUUGGGCUCUUUAAGGGCGCGAUCCCCCGCUUCUUCUGGAUUGCUCCUCUUGGAGCAAUGAACUUUGCAGGCUAUGAGCUUGCCAAGAAGGCAAUGAUAAAAGAUGAGAAAAAUUCCAGUGAGUCAACACGAGAGAUCUUGCCAAGAAAGCAGUGAUCAACCAUGCAACUUUUUUAUUUUAUUUUUGGGUCCAUGUUGCAGAGAAGCAACAGAACAUCUGCCUUUUUUUGAUAUUGGGAAUUACAUUCCCGUAGGGCCUUGAGAUGGCUGUAUAGUAUACAUUACAUGAGAAAAGUGCUAGAGGACAGAGGCACAUGCU